UCCAAAAAUAGUAUUAAUUCUGGAUAAUAAAUUUUAGGGGGACCAAAAUCUGGACGAUCAAGAAUCUCGUCUCAUUAUAAAGCCUUUACUAUUGGCAAGAGUAUUACCAAAAAGGUGAAACGAGCUCUCUAUCUUUUUGGAUAGCAUCAUCACAUUUUUCUUACGGUGCACUCAUUCAAAAAUCUCUCCAUCUCUGUCCAACCCUAAUUCACACACAAACCCAUUUUGAUAUUUAGCCAUUUUUGUGAAAUCAGAGUCACAUCUUUGAUAUUAAUCUCCCUCUCUCAAAAAAAGAAGAAAAGAAAAAUGACCAAUAUCUCUGUGCUGCUUUGUUUCAUAAUUCUUGCCAUUGGUUCUUCUAUGGUGAUGCCCAAUGUUUCUUCAGCAAAGCAAGAAGUUCACACUUAUGAGUUGAAAAAGGGUGAUUUUUCUGUUAAUUUCACCAACUGGGGUGCCUCCAUUAUCUCUCUCGUUCUUCCUGACAGAUACGGAAAGCUUGCUGAUGUGGUUCUUGGGUAUGAUUCAUUGAAGGAGUACAUGAACGAUUCAUCAUACAUCGGUGCGGUCGUCGGACGGUUUGCAAAUAGAAUCGGAGGUGCUCAGUUCACAUUGGAAGGCAAACAUUAUAGCGUAGUUGCUAACGAAGGAAAAAACACGCUUCAUGGUGGCAAAAGAGGAUUUAGUGACGUUGUUUGGAAAGUGAAAAAGUAUGACAAUGAGGGUGAUGCUCCUUCCAUUGUGUUUACAUAUCACAGUUCUGAUGGCGAAGAAGGCUUUCCCGGUGAUCUUCUGGUCAGUGUCAAAUACACUCUCUUUGGAGACAAGCGAUUGAAGGUGAAAAUGGAAGCAAAGGCUCUAAACAAGCCCACCCCAGUGAAUUUAGCUCAGCACACGUACUGGAACCUCGGAGGUCACAACAGUGGCGACAUCCUCUCCAAUAAAAUCAAGAUCUUCGCCUCCCACAUCACCGUUGUCGACAGCCAACUCAUUCCCACCGGCAAAUUUGCGCCUGUAAAAGGGACGCCAUACGACUUCCUGAAACCGCAUCUCGUCGGAAGCAGGAUCAAGAAGCUCCCUAAAGGAUACGACAUUAACUAUGUCCUCGACGGCCCUGCCUCCGACAAGAAGCUGAAGCGGGUGGCCGUGGUGUACGACAGCAAGUCAGGAAGGUCCCUUGCGCUGUCAACAAGCGCUCCUGGCGUGCAGUUUUACAGCGGUAACUUUCUCAAGGAUGUCAAGGGAAAAGGUGGAGCUGUGUAUGAAGCUCACGCGGGACUGUGUUUGGAGACUCAAGGAUUCCCUGAUGCCGUGAAUCACCCCGAUUUUCCCUCAACUAUUGUUAGCCCCGGAAAGCCUUACAAUCAUGUUAUGCUGUUCAAGUUUUCAACUAAAGCUCCGUGAGUUUAUGCCAUAUCUUUCACUAAGUUUGAAAGAGAAUAACAAUUUGCCUUCUGAAUUGAGAGUUUAGUGUAAAAUUCGGGCCUAAAGGGAUGAGAUAAUAAAUGUGAAGAGGGAGAUGCAAUGAGUGGGGAUUCAUUGCUCGAUUUAUAA